AGGGUUUUUUGAAUUUGUGUUUUUCCAAUUGUAAAUUGUGGCACCGGAGAUGACGGAACAGCUCCAAAGCAGAGGCAAUCCUAACCAACGAGAAAAUUCAAAUACGGCUAGUGGUUCAGUCGAAACACGCAUAGAUAAUUGAUUGGUAGACGCAACUCCCUGGCAAGUUCGUUUGUUGACCGCCCCACAUCCGCAUCCAAAUUCCAAGACCCAAGAUGGCCGGAGCUACACUUUUCGAGCGUGCCCAGGCUUUGUCCAGCGUGAAUCGCGAAGAGAAGGACAGCUCGUUGCUGAACAAGAUCGUGCGCGACCAGGAGGGCGCCGAGAACGAUGAGGAGCGCAUCCGCAUCAAGGAGCAGGGCAUCCUACAGCAGGGCGAGCUCUACAAGCAGGAGGGCAAGGCCAAAGAGCUGGCCGAUCUCAUCAAGGUGACGCGUCCGUUCCUGAGCUCGAUCAGCAAGGCCAAGGCGGCCAAGCUGGUGCGUUCGCUGGUGGACAUGUUCCUUGACAUGGACGCAGGCACCGGCAUCGAGGUUCAACUGUGUAAAGACUGCAUUGAGUGGGCCAAGCAGGAGAAGCGCACCUUCCUCCGCCAAUCCCUGGAGGCUCGUCUGAUUGCCUUAUAUUUCGACACGGCUUUGUAUACAGAGGCUCUGUCCCUCGGCUCACAGCUGUUGCGAGAACUGAAGAAGUUGGACGACAAGAAUCUGCUGGUGGAGGUCCAGCUGCUCGAGAGCAAAACCUACCAUGCACUGAGCAACCUGCCCAAGGCUAGGGCCGCCCUCACAUCGGCCAGGACUACGGCCAAUGCCAUCUACUGUCCGCCCAAGGUCCAGGGUGCUCUUGAUCUGCAGUCGGGCAUCCUGCAUGCGGCGGAUGAGCGCGAUUUCAAGACAGCCUUCUCCUACUUUUACGAGGCCUUUGAAGGCUUCGAUAGCGUGGACAGUGUCAAGGCCCUGACCUCGCUGAAAUACAUGUUGCUGUGCAAGAUCAUGCUGGGACAGUCGGACGAUGUGAACCAGAUUGUCAGCGGAAAGCUGGCCAUAACCUACUCAGGCCGCGAUGUGGAUGCCAUGAAAUCGGUGGCAGAGGCCUCACACAAACGCUCUUUGGCUGACUUCCAGGCUGCGCUCAAGGAGUACAAAAAAGAACUGGCCGAGGAUGUGAUUGUUCAGGCGCAUUUGGGCACGUUAUACGAUACCAUGCUCGAGCAGAACUUGUGCCGCAUCAUCGAGCCCUACUCCCGUGUGCAGGUCGCCCAUGUGGCCGAGAGCAUUCACUUGCCCAUGCCGCAGGUGGAAAAGAAACUGUCGCAAAUGAUCCUGGAUAAGAAGUUCAGCGGCAUUUUGGAUCAGGGCGAGGGUGUCCUGAUUGUGUUUGAGGAGACGCCCGUGGAUAAGACGUAUGAGCGAGUGCUGGAAACUAUCCAGAGCAUGGGCAAGGUGGUGGACACCCUCUAUCAGAAGGCCAAGAAGCUAUCGUAAGCGGAGCGCAGGAAGCACUUCAAUUCACACAUGAUAUCCGCAUAAUUAGCAGACUUUCUUAGUUUUCUUUUGUAUUUUCCAACAACAACAACAACACCACCACUCUAAAGCCGAGUCCAAGCCAAAACAAGUUUUAGGUUUCUGCGAAAACUGAAUUAAACCGAUAUUGGCAACAGCAGAACAGCAGCAGCAACAGCCACAACAAAAAACAAAAACUGAAACAAUUGUAAAACAAAAUCCAUUAACUAACAUAAGCAAAAUUAUUAAUCAUUGAGUGGGAUCGAAUUGUUUACGCAAGUGCGAUAUAAUAAGCAAAAAUAUUCAAUUAACAACAUAAUAAAAUGAAAACAAAAAACAGAAACCCGUAAA